AUGUAUAUACUAACUUCAUCCAUAUUUCUAAUCAUCAGCAUAAUUGCCUCGAUCGAAGCUCAGGGAACUAACUCGGGAAACGAAACAAGUUUUGAUGUGGAUACCGUUCUGAAAGCUGUUGGAGCACCAGCAUGUAUGAGAAGAUGCAUUGACCCUUUCAUGGAGAAAAUAUCAGAGAUGUGGGAAUUGGAAAAAAUCGUAGAAAGGAUGUCGAAUGUCUGCAGUACUUACAAUGAAACUCUGGAGUGUUUAGAUAAGAGUCCAGCUUGCGAUGUUCAGAGUAUUUUCAAAACGGCCACGCUUUCAUUCCAGAAAAGAUGUGUAGAGAAAGCUGAUAUUUAUAAGAGAAUGGAGAAAUGUAUGAUUGGAAGAACUGACAAAGUUAUGCAAAAAUGUGAUUCCAAAUGCUUCUGCCGUUCGAACGCUACAGCUUUCUCCAGUCAUCCUUCAAUCCAAAUGGCAGCUAAGAUGGGUGGUAACAUUUUCAUUGUCAAUGACCAUAUUUCAGGAUUAUGCAGCUGUUUGAAAUGCGCUAUCCCCUGCGUUACAUUCGAAAUGAAUCUCCAAUGUCCUCUUUCCGGAUGGCUUUCUCUAGAUGUAAUGUUACAACCUUUUGAUGCUGUUUCUUCCUUAUUAGAAGUUUUGAGUCCCGAAGUUCAGGCAAUCAUACGAAGCAAAGUCUCGGAUCAAUGUCAUUUUGCUAUCAGCUCCAAGUCCCUUAAGAAAGUUCGCGAAGGAGAUUUCAGCGUUUUAGCCAAUUAA